AUGAUCCUGUAUAUGGCGUGUUGCCUUGCCUUCCAUUUUAUUGUAGUGGGACAAAUACUAACUAUGUAAAUAGUUCAGAACGAUUCGGCUUUUCGCGAGUUAUUAUUGAGCAAAAACGUUAUUGACGAAUUGCCAUGCGCAAAAAAUCGUAAGUAGCUUAGAUAAAAACACGUGUCAACCUGUUAAAAGUGUGAUAGAUUAAUCCGAUUCUAAAAUAUUCGCUCAUUAGUUAUUAACAGUCAAACUUGGGUUAUAUAGUAUGAUAAGACGUCCGACAAGAUGAUACCAAUAUUCUGUUGUCAGUUUGGUGUUGACCGCUUCCGUUGCAUUUGACACGCGUCUUAUGUGAAAAACAGGCCCCAUGGCGCAAGUAUAUAAUAACGGGCCCGAUCAAAUUGCACCUGCCGAAGACGAAGUAGCUGUGAGAGCCGACGAAUAUGUCCGCCUUCGUAUACCAAAAAGUGGCAAAGCCAUUGAAACCAUCCGUCCAUUUUCCAUACCCUUCCUUUUUAAAAAAUCUGUAAAAGAAUACGCCAACAAUACGGCCCUUGCGCAAAAAGUCAACGGGGUAUGGAACAUCAUCACAUACGCGGAAUAUUAUCAACAAGUUCGUACCUGUGCAAAAGGCUUCUUGUACUUAGGACUGGAAUAUAGACAUUCCGUUUGUAUAUUAGGAUUCAACAGUCCGGAAUGGUUUAUAUCAGAUUUAGCGGCAAUAUUUGCAGGGGGUAUAGCUGUAGGAAUUUAUACGACGAAUUCGGCGGAAGCUUGCUACUAUUGCUUAGAUCAUAGUAAGGCAAACAUAGUUGUCGUCGAGGAUGAGAAACAAUUGGAGAAGGUCUUAGAAGUCCGCCCCAGGUUGCCAAAUCUAAAGGCUAUUAUUCAAUAUAGCGGCGAAGUGAAACAUUCAGAUGUCAUCAGUUGGCAACGUUUGAUGGACAUUGGAGCUCAGCAAUCGGAUUCAGUCCUGGAAGAUGCUCUAAAAUCUGUUGCUAUCAAUCAAUGUUGUACUUUGGUCUAUACUUCUGGAACAGUAGGCCAACCUAAAGCUGUAAUGUUGAGUCACGAUAACUUCACUUGGGAUGCACUAGCCCUCCUUGAACGGUUAAAUCUUGAAAGGGGUGCUGAAGUAUUGGUCAGUUAUCUCCCCCUAAGCCAUGUUGCAGCUCAGGUCGUCGACAUCUACACUACAAUGUCAGUAGGAGCAGGUGUCUAUUUUGCGGACAAAGAUGCUUUGAAAGGAUCACUGAUAGUGACUCUACAAGAAGUUCAACCCACCAAAUUUUUAGCCGUUCCUCGAGUGUGGGAGAAGAUACACGAGAAAAUGCAACAAAUUGCCGCUCAGAAUGGAUACGUCAAACGAACUAUUGCCGCAUGGGCCAAAAGCUAUGCUUUACAGCAUCACCUUGAUAGAAUCAAUGGAGUGAAAUCGAACAGUUGGGGGUACACAGUGGCAUCGUCAGUGAUUUUCAAAAAAAUUAAGCAAGCUUUAGGUCUGAACAGGUGCAAUAUGUUCUUCUCAGCUGCCGCACCUCUGGCAGCUGAAAUAAAGAAGUAUUUCUUAAGUAUCGACAUUCCUAUUAUGGAGUGUUUUGGAAUGUCUGAGGCCAGUGGGGCUCACACUAUCUGUAUUGAAGGUGCUACCAAUUUGGACACAAUUGGCAUGACCAUACAAGGAAUGAAAACGAAAAUUCAUAACCCAGACGAGAAUGGUCAAGGUGAGAUUUGUAUGUAUGGUAGACACGUCUUCAUGGGCUACUUGAAUGAAAAAGAAAAAACAAAUGAAGCACUUGAUAGUGAAGGAUGGUUACACACUGGGGAUUUAGGAAGAGUUGAUGAGAAAGGAUUUGUCUAUAUAACAGGCAAAUUGAAGGAACUACUGAUUACUGCCGGUGGAGAGAACGUUCCACCAGUUCCAAUCGAACAACUCGUGAAAUCCUACUUGCCCCAUAUUAGCAACGCGUUCCUUGUUGGGGACAAAAGAAAGUUCUUGUCUAUUUUGCUCACACUAAAAACAGAAGUGGACAUUGAAACUGGUACACCUCAAGACACCUUGUUACCUUCCGUUCAGAAAUGGCUUGACGGUUUGGGAUGCCCAGCAAAAACAGUGACGGAGGUCAUCAAAGCUGAGAACCCGAAAUUGCUAGCUGCACUUAAGGAAGGAAUUGAUAAGGCCAACCAACAAGCUACUUCAAAUGCCCAGAGAAUACAGAAAUUGGCACUUCUACCUGCAGAUUUCUCUCUACCUACUGGAGAAUUGGGUCCAACAAUGAAAGUAAAGCGAAGAGUAGUAGAACAAAAAUAUGCAGAUAUCAUAGAAAAGAUUUAUGCCUGAAUUGUUAUUGUUUUAAAACAUGGUUACUUAUUUUUAUCUUCUACACUACAAAUGAUUUUAAAGAUAUAAUUCACUGGAGUUAUGAUUUAUUUGUGUGAAAUAAAUAUUUACAUUAA